UUGUCUCGGUUGUAGCGGCUGUCCUCAGUCUACAAGUCUUUGCAGUCUUUACAUUCUCCGUUCUUCAGUCCGGUCUCCAGUUCUCGAUCCGACAGUCCACUCGCGAUCUCGGUUACGUCCAGUUCAGCCUGAGCCCGGUUCACCAACUGCGUCGUGCGAAAAAAUUGGGUUUAAUUAAAGUAUAAAGGCCACAGAGGCAGCUCAAUUACUGCGGCUCGGCGCGACCAGUGAGUGAGUGCCAUGAGUCGGCAUAGCCAGCUGAAGCUAGCGAUGCCAUCGGUGGCAUCAAUGGCAUCCGUGCACGGGUCUUCGUCGGAGCGGGAACGCGGCGUCAGGCUGGGAUUGGGUGUUAACCAGCAGACGGGCCGGGUGCAGUGGUGUCCCGGCCUGACCUGCUGCAAACUGCUUCUGUUGCUUCCAGUGGUGAUGUUGCCGUUGACUCUGGUGCUAAUUCUGAUCAUGCGGCUGGACGGGAUGCUGGCGGCGCUGCAGCUGAGCGAGCAGCGGAUGCGGGACCAAAGGGCAGCCACGGCCACGGCCAACAUGCCCGGCUACAUGGAGAGCUACGAGUCGCUGCUGCCGGAGGGCGAGACCUACAACGAGCUGAUCCACGACGAGUUCCUGGUGCCGCAGGCCAAGCGCUCCCACCUGGAGCAGCAGAUGGCGGAGCGGGCGAGGCGCUGUCAGCCGUAUCGCUAUGGCAACGGGGAGACCAUGGAUCUGGAGGAUCGCAGCACACUGAUGAAGGACUCGCGCACCUCCUUCCUGCCGCAGGGCAUGCCGCGCGAGUGCAUCUCCAACUCCGACUUUGACUUAGACUUCCAGUCGAUGCCCGACAGCGACCUGGAGGAUGAUGGGGAGCUGCUGCGGGAGUUGCAUCGCUUCCAGAAGAAGUCCGCACCCAAGAGAUACAAGGACUUUGCGCCAUACUGGCUGGAGCUGAGUCGCCAGCGUCGCGAAGCUGAGCAGCAGCGGGAGGCGGGCGACGAGGAGCUGGCGGCACAGAUCAGCGAGACGACCGCCGCCCUGCAAUCCUUCUGGAAUGAGGAGGGCACGCGGGACGGCAUUCGGCUGGCCCAGGCCCAAACCAUGAAGCGCUACAUGGACACCUCGGUGGAUCCCUGCGAGGACUUUUACAAGUUUGCGUGCGGCAACUGGGAGAAGCUCCAUCCCAUACCCAAGGACAAGGCUGGCUUCGACACCUUCGAAAUGCUGCGCGAGAGUCUCGACCUCGUGCUACGGAAUCUGCUCGAGAAGAGCACACCGCCCGCCAUCGUGCCGGAGGAGCGCAACAUUCAGGUGCGCAACAAUCUGAAGCUGAACGAGCAGGGCAUGGAGCCCGAGACGGAGACGGACCAGGCCGCCGAGCUGGUGGCGAAGCGUCUGCGCCGGCACAUUGUCAGCCGGCGGCACUUGCUCAACCGCAUCCUGAUGCGCUACAAGCGAUUCACCAACAGCACCAAGCGGAAGCGCCUCAUCGACCCUACGCGCGAGAAGACCAAGGAGGAAGUGGCUGCCGCCCUGCCCGCACCCAAUGCCAAGGACAAGCAGCGGCAUGUGGUGGAUGCCAGCGAGUACCUGAAGACGCGCCACGAUGCCCAGCUCAAGGCCAAGCAGCUGUACAGGUCCUGUGUGAACAGCCAGCUGCUUGCCCGUCGCGGACUGGAGCCAUUGCACAAUAUUAUCCGGGAUCUGGGCGGUUGGCCAGUGCUCGACCAGCAGUGGAGCGACACCAACUUCAACUGGCAGGCACUGGCCGCCACUUUGCGGCGCUACAACAACGACAUCCUCAUCGUGCAGUGGGUGGGAGCGGACAUCAAGAACUCGGAGGAGAACAUCAUCCAGUUCGAUCAGACUGGUCUGGGCCUGCCCACCCGCGAGUACUUCCUGCAGCCGAGCAACGGCAAGUACCUGAUGGCCUACCAGCGCUACAUGUCCGAGGUGAUGCACAAAAUGGGUGCAGCCAAGCGGGAUGCCCUCAGCACGGCCAGGGAGCUGAUUGCCUUUGAGACAUCGCUGGCGGGCAUCACAGCGCCAGCGGAGCAGCGACUCAACGUAACCAAGCUGUACAAACGCAUGACGCUGCAGCAGCUGGAGGAAGUGGUGCCGGAGAUCGGUUGGAGUGCCUAUCUGAGCACGCUGCAAGAUCGUCAGGUGAGUGACUCGGAGGAGGUUGUCAUCUAUGCGGUGGACUACAUGAAGCAGCUGGUGACGCUGCUGGCCGAGACAGAGCCCCGCACCAUUGCCAACUACAUGAUGUGGCGCUUUGUGCGGCAUCGCAUCAACAAUGUGGACGAUCGCUUCGAUGACAUCAAGCAGACGUUCUACCACGCUCUGUUCGGGCGGGAGGAGAGUCCGCAGCGGUGGAAGGUGUGCAUCGCUCAGGUGAACACGAACAUGGGCAUGGCGGUGGGCUCCAUGUUCGUCACGCGCUACUUUGACAACAACAGCAAGCGUGACACGCUGCGCAUGACCCAUGACCUGCAGCAGGCCUUCCGGGACAUACUGAAGACGACGGAUUGGCUGGAUCCGAUCACCAAGCAUCUGGCCGAGGAGAAGGUCAACGCCAUGUCCCUGAAGAUCGGCUAUCCGGACUUUAUACUCAAUCCGGGUGAACUCAACGAGAAGUACGCGGGCAUCGACAUCCAUCCGGAGAAAUACUUUGAGAAUACGCUGAACGUGCUCCUCCACACUGCCCGCACGGAGCAGUCGAAGCUGCACGAGCGCGUGAACAAGACCAACUGGCAGACGGCGCCGGCCAUCGUGAAUGCCUACUAUAGCCGCAACAAGAACCAGAUCAUGUUCCCAGCCGGCAUACUGCAGCCUCCGUUCUACCAUCGACACUUUCCCAAGUCGCUGAACUUUGGUGGCAUCGGCGUGGUCAUUGGCCACGAGCUAACCCACGGAUUUGACGACAAAGGGCGACUCUUCGACCGGAAUGGCAACAUACACAAGUGGUGGACGGACUCCUCCAUCCGGGGAUUCGAUGAGCGCGCUCGCUGCAUCAUAGCCCAGUACAGCAACUACACGGUCGAUGAGGUGGGCAUCGUCCUCAACGGGGAGAGUACACAGGGCGAGAACAUUGCGGACAAUGGCGGACUGCGACAGGCCUUCCAUGCCUACAAACGCUGGCUGAAGGACCAUCCGGAUGAGGUGGAGGACGAGCUACUGCCUGGCCUGAACAUGACCGCACCGCAGUUGUUCUUCCUAAAUUUCGGGCAGGUGUGGUGCGGCGCCAUGCGGCCGGAGGCUAUUCGCAACAAACUCAUCACGGCCAUCCACAGUCCGGGACGUUUCCGUGUCAUUGGCACGCUCUCGAACUCCUACGACUUUUCCCGAGAGUUUCAGUGUGCAGCGGAUGCGCCCAUGAAUCCCGCUACCAAAUGCAGCGUGUGGUAGUCCUCACACAGUUACCUAUGAGUAUUAUAAAUGAUGUAUUCCACGCAGUCCUAGCGCUCACCAGAUGCAUGCCAGUUGCUUGCCGUACAACAGACUGUCCGUUUCCUGCGAUAUGUCAAGGAUUCAGUGGGGAAAGUUUCUCCUACAAACAGCAAAGAUUAUGUGCCAAAAAAAUUGCAAUUUACAUAUAUACGUAUAUAUUUUCCUAGCCAUUAACUAUUUUUAAUUGUACUUUGCAAUAUUUUAGUUAAUUAAACCAUUUAUGUUUGUGAUAAUUCUAA